CCAUUAUAUACUGGUUAUUAACCAAAAAUUAUGACUACUUCAAGAAAAUGGGUGUCAGUGGACCAAAACCACUGCCACUUUUUGGCACAUUUCUCGAGAGGUGUCUCAACCCUAUGCCACACUUGGAUCAGUCGUAUGUCCGCAAAUAUGGCAACAUUUUCGGAAUAUUCAACGGCACGGAUCCGGUGCUGUUGAUCGCCGACCCGGAGCUCAUAAAACAGGUUUUGGUGAAAGACUUUCACCGAUUCACGAACCGACGGGAACUCCAGACAGAGCACCCGUUCAUCAAUAAAAACCUGUUCAACACGACGGACGACACGUGGAAACGGUUGCGGACUAUCAUGUCGUCCACAUUCACGUCGGGAAAGAUGCGCAAAAUGUAUCCACUGGUGAGACAGUGCCUGCAGGAGUACCUGGAUCACUUGGAUGGGGUGACCAGGGAUGGCGGCGCCGACAUCGACGCCAAGGCUAUGCACCAGAACUUCACGAUGGAUGUGAUCGCGUCGUGCGCUUUCGCCACCAAAACUAAUUCCCAAUACGACCCAAACAACCCGUUUGUAGUGAAUGGCAGAAACGUGUUUGUGUUCCGGGCUAUCAAACUGAUCCCGGCCUUUAUAUUUCCCAAACGUAUCAAUAAGUUGUUGGGAAUUAGGACUCAUUUGGGAGAAGAGCCUAAUAAUUGGAUUUGUGACUUGGCUUCACAUAUGCUGGAGAAGCGGAGGAAUGGCUUCAAAAAUAACGAUUUCUUGCAAUUACUGAUUGACGCGAAAGCCGGCGAUCAGAAUAAUAAUAAGGACGCAAAUGCCGAUAACCUGGAGGCACACCAUGUUAACCAAGGCGAAGAGGAGAUGUUGGCCGAGAAGUCUGUACUGAACGGUAAUAUCGGCGCCAAAUCUCUGACCGACGACGAGAUCAUAGCCCAGUCGUGGCUCUUCCUGAUCGCCGGCUUCGAGACGACGGCCACGACAUUGGGUUACAUCUCAUACCUGUUGGCACUGAACCCCUCGGCCCAGGAGAAGCUGUACGACGAGGUGAUGGGUGCCGUCGACUCGGACGGGGAGAUCAGUUACGAAGACCUCCAGAGACUGCCAUAUCUGGACGCAUGCCUUUCCGAGACCCUCCGACUCUUCCCACCACUGGUACGACUGGAACGGAUAGCCUCGGAGGACAUGAAGUUAGGCACCAAAGGGGUGACCCUUAAGAAGGAUCAGAUGAUUGAGAUCCCGGUGUAUCCCAUACACCGGUCGGAGAAGUAUUAUGAAAACCCGGAUGAGUUUAAGCCCGAGAGGUUUUUGCCGGAAAACAGGCAUAAGUUGAUUCCCUACACGUACUUCCCGUUUGGCACCGGACCCCGCAAUUGUCUGGGUAUGCGGUUCGCGCUCAUGGAAGUUAAGCUGGCUAUAAGUCAUAUAGUGAUGAGAUAUCGGUUCAAGAGGUGCCCCAAAACGGAGGUUCCCAUCGAGUACUUCAAUCUGACGCCAAUGUUAACCGCAAAGAGUAUUACUCUCGGCAUUGAAAAGCGA